AUGGCCCCCACACGGUACUACUAUGAGGAGCCUGCAUAUGUGAUAGCAGGCGGGUCCGUCCUGCCCUUCUUUGCCAUCGUCAUCACUGCGUUGAGGCUGCAUUUUCGAAUCAAGUUGCGACAGCCCUUGAAGGCGGACGAUUGGCUCGUUAUGCCAGCUAUGGUUUUUGCUGUGGCCAUUGGUGUCCUGAUGAUCUAUGCUGUCUCACAACAUGCCAUGGCCUAUCCUCUCGAAAUCCCAGCCGACUUUGAUGGGAACCCUCUACAGUUGGUCACACCUCAGAUAGUCUUGGCAGCAAAGCGCUCGAGAACCUACGUACUGUUCUCUGCAAGUAUCUUGCUCAUAAUCAUGAUGAUGAUCGGGUUUUUCUUCGCCACGCUUUUCGAGUGCGGGAGCCACAUUUCAGCCAUGUGGCAGUCGGUCGAGGCAUUACAGACAUACUGUCCAAACACGGACAGCUAUGAUUACGGAUUCGCCAUUUUGGACUUCAUUACGGAUGUUAUGAUCCUUCUUAUGCCUAUUCCGCUGUUGGCGCCGGUGGCUUCUCUCAUCAGGAUGGUGAUAUACACUCGCUUAUGGCUUAAUGGAAUCAGCGAGGACGCAGACGAGAUUCUCACCAUCACCGAUAGCUUGUACUGGGGUAUGAUCUCGGUCAACAUCGCCACCAUCGCUGCAUCACUCCCUUUAUUGCACCCCCUCGUCAAGGACUUGAACAUUUCAACCCUCUUUGAAAGUGCUCGGAGCUUUUUGAGUCUCCGGUCGCUUAGAUCACGAGGCAGUGAUUCACUCCAGGCUUCUGGACGCGACGGUCUGCCUGCCAGCGGAGUAUACUCCUAUUACUACCGGGGAGACAGCUCAUCUGCCAUAGGUGGACGUCCGGAAAGCAUCAAGAGCCACCAAUACCCCGUUGUAGCCAACACCUACCCAAUGAAUGAUAUCCGUGUCCAGGGAGAAACGUAUGCCAGUUGA